CUUAAGAUGAGAGAGAAAAGAGGUUUUGGGGUGUUUAAAACAAGCAAAUUGACAGAAAUCACAGGCACAGUGGAGGCAAGGCAUGCCCGUCUUGUUCCCAUCUCUCUCUCUCUUCUGACACACCACAGCCUGCCCCUCUCACUCUCUCUCACCCUCUCCAUGGAGCAAGCUUUUUUACUGAAGCAAUGAAGUCAAGCAAUCAAGUGAUAAGCUUGCAUUCCUGAUAGUGCAAGCAAAGCAAAGCGCUUGAAGACAGCCUCCCUUGUCCUCCUUCCUCUAGCCUUGCCUUCUUCACUUCUCCACCCCCCUUCACAGGCGCCCACAUCUCCUUCCACCAUCUCCAUUCCCUCGUAUACUAUUUUCUUUCUGUUGGCACUUUGUGUGAUGUGCCCUAGGCCCUAUAGGCUAUAGCCCCCUAGUCACUUCACUACAAUGGUGGAAGCUGCAAACACUGGAGGCCUUGCCCCUUCUUUGUCCUCUUGAUUAGCCCUUGACAAACAAACACAAGAGAAGGCAAGCAGAAGCAAGGAUGGAUCUCUCCGGCACCACCCGCGGCGAGCUCCCGAUCCCCAUGAACGCCUCCUACGGUCCUGCCGCUGCCGCUGGCUCCGUCGUAGUCUCCGGCGCCGGCCACUCCCAUGCCGCCGCCGCCCACAACGGGCAGCAGCAGAUGACGGCUCCUCUGAUGCCUGCUGCUGAGGUGGCGAACAACAACGCUGCUGCCGCCAUUGGCAUUGGCGGCAAGAAGCGCUCUGCUGCUGCAAGCGCUGGAGCUGGAGCUGGGAUUCGGGCUGGCAAUGGCGCCGGGGGAGCGCCGCUGGCAAUGGUGAAGUACAGGGAAUGUCUGAAGAACCAUGCCGCGGCGAUUGGGGGAAAUGCUACUGAUGGCUGCGGCGAAUUCAUGCCGAGCGGCGAGGAAGGGUCGCUGGAGGCCUUCAAGUGCUCCGCCUGCGGCUGCCACAGAAACUUCCACCGCAAGGACUUCGACGACGACCUCGCUCUCCACCGCCGUCUGCUCCUCGGGCCCCACCACCUCAUCCCCAGGGGCCCCAUCGUCCCCAGCUCCGGCGCCGGAGACCACUACGGCGUUGGAGGCGGCGCCGCCUACGCCCGCGCCGCCCUGCCCCCGCCGCAGCACCCGCAUCAGAUCGUGAUGCCGCUCAACAUGAUCCACUCCUCGGAGUCGGACGAGAUCAUGGAGGGCGGCCAUGGCAUUGGGGGAGCGGUGCUCUCCCGCUCCCUUGGCCAUGGCGGCGGCGGGGCGUCUUCUUCGCAGCAGAAGCGGUUCCGCACCAAGUUCACCCCGGAGCAGAAGGCGCGGAUGCUGGCGUUCGCGGAGCGCGUGGGGUGGCGGCUGCAGCGGGCCGACGACACCGCCGUGCAGCGCUUCUGCCAGGAGGUCGGCGUCAAGCGCCGGGUGCUCAAGGUGUGGAUGCACAACAACAAACAUAACCUCGCCUCCAACAAGCUCCCCAUCCCCAGCACCCCAAACUCGCCCCAAGCUGAAGCUCAAGCUCAGGAUCAAGACCAGCCUCCAAUGGCGCCCGCGCCGGUGAAUUCCAUGCCGCCGCCGCCGGAGCAGGAGCCCGGGCAGGACGAUCAGCAGCUCGACCUCGAGUGAUCGAUCAGAUUGGCAGUGGUUCUUGGUGAUUCUGCUAGCUAGCCAUAGCAAAAAACCCAGCAUUUGCGUUUAUUUUUACUGUUCUAUCGGACCGAUCGGAUUUUAUUAAUUUGCGGGGAGGGAGGACGAAGAACCCAAAGAAACUAGGCCCGUGGUUAUUAUUAUUAUCGUCGUCGUCUUUUUUUUAAUCUUGGCAUAAGGUAGGGGAGGACAUAACUGAGCUGCUCUGCUCAACUUCCGGUUAUUAUUAAAAAAAAAUUCCUGGACUUGCAUUUUUUUUGCCCUGCCAUUUUUCCCUGACUUUUAAGUCUAGCUCUAGCAGCGGCUGAUGUGCCUGGCUGAGCAUUUGUCUUGUCAUGGAUCAGAGGGUUUUAUUGAAUUAAUUCUGACUUUUUUAAUAUUUCUCCCUUGGUAUUA